AUGGCACCUGCAGCAAUCUCUACCACAGCUGCCCAGGAGGCUGAAUCUCGCUCAACGUACAAGGUGAAUUUGGGACAGUACAAAGAGAUCGACGUCUAUGGGGUGGAUCGCGAUGUCGAGACCGGGAAGAAGGGCGGUAAUGGAGCCAAGUACCCUCAUUACCUCCCCACUUGGAACCGGGAGCAGAAAUGGGGCCCCCUGGAGCCAUUCGAGCACUACGAGCAUGGCAACGACGCCGAUACGUCAUAUCCCAACCUCCUUCCGGAGGGGUCCAAGGUCACACAACUCACACCAACAAUUGGCUCAGAAGUCUAUGGUAUCCAACUAUCUUCUCUGAGCAACGCCGGAAAAGACGAGCUGGCUCAUUUUGUUGCCAAGCGCAAGGUUGUUGCCUUUAGAAAUCAAAACUUUGCGGACCUGCCCAUCCCAGACGCCCUUGAGUACGGCGAGUAUUUUGGCCGCCACCACAUCCAUCCCACCUCUGGCGCCCCAGAGGGAUACCCUGAGAUUCACCUUGUACACCGUGGCGAAGGUGACAAGGGAGCCGCUCAGCUCUUUGAGUCCCGAACCAGCUCCGUGGCAUGGCACUCUGACGUCUCGUACGAAAAGCAGCCGCCAGGCACCACUUUCCUCUACAUCCUCAACAAGCCCGAGACUGGCGGCGAUACACUAUUUGUCGAUGCCGUCCAGGGUUACAACCGUCUCAGUCCCCUCUUCCAGGAGCGCCUGCACGGCCUGCGAGCAACCCACUCAGGCAUAGAGCAGGUAAAUGCUGCUGCUUCGAGGAACAGCAUCAAGCGACGAGAGCCCGUCGUUAACGACCACCCCAUUGUGCGAACCCACCCUGCCACGGGUGAAAAGGCGCUCUAUAUCAACCCUCAGUUCACCCGGGAAAUCCUAGGCCUAAAAAGGGAAGAAUCAGAUGCCAUCCUCAAAUUCCUAUACGACCACCUGGCACAUGGUGCGGACUUCCAAGCCCGAGUAAAGUGGGAAGAGGGCACCGUUGUUAUUUGGGACAACAGAGUCACUCAGCACACCGCUCUUGUAGACUGGGAGGACGGUCAGCGACGUCACUUGGCUCGCAUUACGCCCCAGGCUGAGGUACCAUAUGAGACCCCGUUUGAGGCGCGCAAGUAG